AAGCCUGCACACAUGCCGGUUUUCCUUUAAACAAUAUGAAAUAAAAUUGUAUCAUUGGAAAAAUUGGAGGCUAGAUUUUUGAUUUUUUAACCGCGUUUCUGUGGAACAAAACACUUUGAAGAAAUUUUGUUAAGAAAUCAAAAUCCACGACCAUUUGGACCGGCAGAGCUGAGGGGAAUAUAUGCAAUACAUGGAGAGUCGCGUUUUUCUAUUUGUAAGUAGCGGCAGCGUUUUUCUUUGAACCCUUCCUGAGCCCUAGCGGACGCCCACCUCCUCGCCGCUACCUCCCGCCGGUCUCCGCCAUCGCCUUCCUCCCCAUUAUCAUCGGCGUCGGCCUUCUCCUUCUAAUUUCUGUCAGGUGCUUUCCUUCCCGCAUAUAUCCGAAAAAAAGAGAGACGCCGACCUCCUCACUGCUCUCCUCGCCACCACCUCCCACCGGUCUCCGCUGUCGCCUUCCUCCCCAUCGUCGUCGGCGUCGGUCUUGUUGUCCGAUCUCCUUCAGGUAUUUAGUCGAAAUCUCCAUAUUCAGUUUCUCGCCGCCUUAAUGCUGGAGCGUGUAACCUGCGCUGUCCUUCUCAAACUGGAAUUCUAGCUCAAAAAGCCUUAGCAUUUCUUCCGCAAAUGAGCGCAGGUGGGGCAUUUGGUGGAAAUAGAGGAGUAAAACCUGUACCCCCAGAAAAAGGUGUAUUUCCUUUAGAUCACUUGCAUGAGUGUGACCUGGAGAAGAAAGAAUACAUUGCCUGCCUCAAAUCAUCAGGGCACAAGUCAGAAAAAUGUAGACACUUCUCAAAGAAGUACUUGGAAUGCCGUAUGGAAAGAAACUUGAUGGCAAAACAAGAAAUGUCUGAGCUUGGAUUUGGCAAGGAAUGUGAACCAGAUUCUUCUGAGGAGAGGGAUGUAAAAGUUGACAAUCAACCCAGCUCCUUGUCUAGGGAAAAGACAACAAUUGCUUAAAGUUGCAUCCUGAUUGAUUCUUUGCAUCAAAGGUUGUACGGCUGAGAAAUGUUCAAAAAUGAUAACAGUGAUUAUUGCCAAGAUUCUACUACUUGUGCUGGAUCUCAGAAGGUUAUUAUGCCUGAUUAUAUCUCACAUUUUUGAAUUUAUGCUUUCAAACUAUAUUUGUGGUGUGGUUUCAUGAGCAAAAUAUAUGCAAUGAAUUACAAAAGGGCAUCCAAGUGCAAGAAAGUUUGAAACAGGAUGUGUAAAUGGGCAGAGCAGAAUGUUUGGUGAUCUUAUCAAAUCCUCUAUUCUGCAUUAGCCUUCAGUGAUUUCUAACAUGAUGUCUAAAUCGCAAACUUCAUGUAACAUGAAAAAUUAUUAUUGUUGAUGAAAGUAGAUUCUUAUUUUUUCUUUA